AUGGACCGACACGACAACCGUGGAGGACGACGAGGCGGCCGAGGCGGCCAUGGCAACGCUGGCCAUUAUGGAGGACACAACCAGCACCAAAAUCAGCAACACCAACAGAAUCAGCAGCAGCAGAACAACCAGAACCAGGGCCAGGGCCAAGGUCAGAACCAGGGCCAGUCCAAGAAGCUGGAAUUCCCCAAGCGAGAGCCCAUUCUAGAUCUGUCUCGAUUCGAGAACAAGCGAGUGGUUGUCAAGGUCACUGGCCGAAAGAUCGAGGGCACCUUAAAGGGCUGGGAUCAGCUCAUGAACUUGAUUCUCGACGACGUCAAGGAGACCAUUUACGAGGACGAGGAGAGCGAGGACUUUGCCGAGUUUGAGGGUCAAAAGGAAGGCAAGGUGCGAGAGAUCGGUCUGGCGGUCAUUCGAGGCCCUAACCUGCUUUCUAUCUACCCUCUUGACGGAGGAGAGGGAGUUGAGGUGGAGCCCAAGCCCGAGGUCACUAUUUAA